CGGCAAUUUCUUGUUUUCUUUCCAUCCUCCACUUACUGCAAAGCCGUUAUGCAAGCCAUCAAAUGCGUGGUUGUGGGUGAUGGUGCUGUUGGAAAGACAUGCCUGCUCAUUAGCUACACUACUAAUGCUUUCCCUGGUGAAUACAUUCCAACUGUGUUUGACAACUACUCCGCAAAUGUCAUGGUCGAUGGCAAACCAAUUAAUUUGGGCUUGUGGGAUACUGCUGGUCAGGAAGAUUAUGAUCGUCUUCGACCAUUGUCAUAUCCUCAAACCGAUGUGUUUUUGAUCUGCUUUUCACUUGUUAGUCCUCCAUCAUUUGAAAACGUUAGGACAAAGUGGUUCCCCGAGAUUAGUCACCACGCGCCUGGUACUGCAUGUAUCCUUGUUGGAACCAAACUCGAUCUUCGCGAGGACAGAGAUACCAUUGAUAAACUUCGCGAAAAGCGCAUGGCACCUAUUACCUAUCCUCAAGGCUCACACAUGAUGAAGGAAAUCAAUGCAGUGAAAUAUCUCGAAUGUUCAGCACUAACACAAAAGGGACUCAAGAACGUAUUUGAUGAAGCAAUCCGAGCCGUACUCAUGCCUCCUGAAGUUAAAAAGAAGAAGAAGGCGUGUCUUGUGCUGUAAUAUGGAAAUCUAUUAUUCUCAUUCAGUUCAUGUUGCCUUUUUUCGAUCAGUCUGUCUAUUGUUGACGUCUAAUCACUCAUCUGAUCUCCACUUCGUUACUCCACUUGACUAUUAAGCCAUCUUGUUUUCGUUGUCUUGCUUCUCUAGGUCACCACCCUGAGAUCAAUCUAUCACUACUAUUUUCUUUCUCUCUUUUUAAAAAACAAAACCGUUACUGAGCUUGGUUGUUUCUAUCC